AUGCCGGUGGUGAUCCGGAGCACGGUGGCCGUCCUUGGAGACCCGCAGACGGGGAAAAGCGCGCUCCUCAACACCGUUUGCGGGAAUGGGGGGCAACAUGCCCUGCAGCCGACCAUGCGGCCAGAUGUUUUCAAGAAGCAAAUAAAGAUACCAGGGUCAGAUUACAGCGUCGACCUUAUUCUCAUCGACUGCCCCUCACAUCACCUUUCUUUCUCCCUGACAAAGAAGGCGAUAGCAGAAUGCCAGCAAAUCCUCGUUCUUUCGUCUUUUCUCAGCGCCGAUUCCCUGGCCAAUAUGGCAAAGUGGAUUGAGAUGUUUCGGGAUGCAACGAUGAUCCCGAAGGUUUCUGGCGUUGCAGCAAUAAGCUAUGCACACGAAGACUCGUCUCAGUUUACAUUUGAAGAGGCAGAGCGGCAGGCGAAGUCGCUCGGCCUGGGCGCUGUCCAGUGCAAUCCGGCCACUGGAAGGGACUGUGACACGCCCUUUGCCAUGCUCGCCCACCUUGCCCACAAGCGCUUCUUGAAGAACGGGGAGUAA